AGAGCGGCGCGGGAAGGGGGACACCCGAGAUCGUCCUACGCGAGAUUGUUUAUCCUCGGCGUUGCACACGCCGGAUACAAAUUUAUCUUGCGACUUUGCAUAAUUUCCACGGAUGCGGGCCGAUGCGCCAGCUCUCCGCGGACAGAGCUUUUGGAAGACGUUCAAGAGUGCCGGCCGCUCGUGGCACUGCCCUGAAACUGGCAUGACGGGAUCGACGAUGAUAAACUCCGGUUACGAUACGAUCGAUAGCUCGUGGAAGAGUCAGUCGAUCGCGGGAUCGUGGACACUGUGCGAUCGUAGGACUCCGUUGAACGAGUGGUAAUUUUCUGUCGGAAUCCGUUUUCGUAUGUUCGAGACUGAUGCACAGCGUUUGAGUCCGUAGUGUGGUGAAUCCUCUUUAGAUCAUCGAUUUUCGUUCAUCUUGAAAGUUUGAAAUCCAUUUUGCGCGAUGUUUGAGACAGUUGGAUGGUGUUGAAGGUGAUUAGGAUCGGUGUAAUAAUCGUGGCAGCGCGAUCUUCUCGUCGAAGACACCAGUUCUCUCUCUCUCUCUCGAGAUCCAAUUUCCUCCGAAAGAAAGUGUUUGGAACCGUUGGCUGGUGUUUGAACAAGCGUGAACGAACAUUCCAAGCGAUCGCAGCAGCGUGUUCGCGCGAAUAGAACGAUUCGUAGGAGUUUUGGAAGUUUGAAAUCCAUUUUGCGCGAUGUUUGAGACAGUUGGAGAGUGUUAAACGUGAUUAGCAUCGGUGUAAUAAUCGUGGCAGCGCGAUCUUCUCGUCGAAGACACCAGUUCUCUCUCUCGAGUUCCAAUUUCCUCCGAAAGAAAGUGUUUGGAACCGUUGGCUGGUGUUUGAACAAGCGUGAACGAACACUCCGAACGAUCGCAGAAGCGUGUUUCAUUCGUCGUUGGAAAUAGUUCGGGAUCGUUGGCGAACGUUCGUGGACCAGUAGAAUCGGAUUAGCGCGCCAUCGAUGCAACGCAUCUCCUUUACAAGAACAGAUUCGAGCCGAGCAAUUCCCCGGUGUUCGAACCAGCAUUCGGACAUCUUAACGAACGUAACCAGCCUGGUGGUGGCCAGAGGUGUGUCGACUUAGCGUAACACGAUCGUCGACCGUGCGCGCCAGGAGGGAGGCGAGGCCGGGCCGAGAUGAUUAAAUUCCCUCGUCGGGAUUUGAAAGUCUAAUUCGCCGGCAGCAUGGACCCGAAGCAGAAGAACCGUUUGAUUCCGAUAAGAGAGAAAGCCGGGGACACCGGCCGUGGCUUCAAGAAGAACGCGGACUUCAGGAUGAAUCAGCAGAACUUCAGGCUGAGCGAGUUCGGCGUCGAGCCGAAGGCUGGUCACGCGACCGAGCAGCAGGCCAAAGUUGCCGCGAGAUACGCUCAGAUCGCGUGCGUGCAGGUGCCGCAGGUGCAAAUGAGACAGGCCAGGCUCGGUCCAGGGAAUGGAGGACCGUCGAGCCCUCUGCAAGUUUGCAGCCGGUCGAGACUGACGACGCCGAACAGCUCGAGGAGCCCCAGCCAAUCGAUCGGCCAGUUGAACGUGGAUCAGUACCAGGCGGCCAGUCCCAGCAAUUUGACCGGAAGUGGCUCCAUGAUGCAGCCCAGUGUCUCCUCGGUGCCAUCCCCUGGAUACUGGAGCCAUUACAGCGGACAGGAGAGCGGGUAUGGCUCGGAUGAAUUCGGACAGGACUCCCCGAGAUACACGUCCCCUAAAGCGGCGGCCCUUUACGCCGACCCCUACUAUAUCGAUGGGAACGCGGCAGGAACGGGUCCAGGAGACCCAUGGACGGGUGGCGGCGGCGGAGUCCAGCCCCCGUACAGCGGCUACGCACCCCCUCACCUGGCCCAGCCAGCCUACCCCAUGCACCUCCCCCACGACCCCAUGGCGUACUCGGCCAUGUCGCCGAACGGAGAACCGGCGGCGCCGAUUCUGGGCUCGGCGGUGACCAGUGCGGCCUCACUGCCACCAAUGUCGACAUUCCGGGGUAGCGGCGCAGUUGCGGCGAACAGCGGUACCGGUGCACCAUCCCCGGCGUCGUUGCAAUAUAGUCAUAGUCCCGGUGCACCGACGACCGCACCCUCCGCCCCCAAUUCUGCACCAACGACGAACCAGCAACCCGCCACGGGGGACAACCUCGGCAAGACUCUCGCCUCUGUAGUCAGCACCAGAAUUUACCCCACGGACCAAUCAGUAUCGAGUUAUAGCAGCAACCCGUCGACGCCAGUCAGUUCGCCGCCACCUUUGACGGGUUCGGCGCCAGGUUGGGCAGCAGGUGCUGCGCCGGUGUCCCCGCACUUCACGGCGGACCCCAACCGUGGAACCAUUCACAUGCCGGCGCCUGAACAGCAGAGGCUAGACGAUGCCAUCGGCUUCCUUCGCGACCACGCCGAGUUGGUACAGGGGACGCGGAUGGAGGAGCGACUGGACGAUGCCAUAAACGUUCUGAGGAACCACGCGGAGAGCCAGCUGGGCCUCCAUCUUGGUCCCGUUGGUCCACACGGUCCCAUCUACUCCCACACAUCACCACCGCAGCUGGACCAUUUGACGAGUCCGCAUCCCGCGGUAACAGUGACGCAACCGCAGGGCUCCUACCCCGGGCUCACCCCCACACCUGACACGGACGGAUCCAUCAAAAUCGAAAGGUUACCAGUAGCAAAUGCCAAAUACGUCUCUUUAGAAAAGAGAAAGGACCCACCGGACAGCAGCGGCGGCGAGACGAAACCAUCGAGCAGCGAGCUGACGGCGGCGGGUGUGAUCGGCGCGGCCACGGUCAACUCGACGUCCCAGGGAAAGGGGACGAAGAGAUCGCGCAGAUAUUGUUCGAGCGCCGAGGACGAGGAUGACGAUCCCGACGUGAAGGCGCAAAGGGAGAAAGAGAGGCGGCAGGCGAACAAUGCUAGGGAAAGGAUACGUAUCAGGGACAUCAACGAGGCCCUGAAGGAACUCGGCAGAAUGUGCAUGACACAUUUGAAGACGGACAAACCUCAAACGAAGCUAGGCAUUCUCAACAUGGCUGUCGAAGUGAUCAUGACGCUGGAACAGCAAGUUAGAGAACGAAAUCUUAAUCCAAAAGCAGCGUGCUUGAAGAGGAGAGAGGAGGAGAAAGCGGAAGAUGGACCCAAAUUACCCGGCCAUCUUACGGCGCACAUAGCUCACCCGCACCCUCACCCUCAUCCGCAUUCUCAGCCACCCUUUUCCGCGAUGCCAGGUCCGCCCCCGUCCCUUCAGCACAAUCCAUCGCAGCCCCAGUAGCAGCGGCUCAGCGGCGGUGUGAUCCUGUGUCAAAGGGGUAGAUACAGCUUAAAGUUAUCGUGGUAUCGGGACGUUGCGUACAGAGAGGACGUUUUCCCCGGCCCCGCGGAGUGCCCGUUCUACGAGCCGAGCAAAAUUAAGGGUAUUACGCGGCGGGCCAAUGAAUGGUGCACACUCUUCGAACGUAUCCGAUUACGUUCCAUCGAAGACGCGAAUAACGAACGGCGGGAGAAGACGCUUCGCGGCCGCUCGAACGAUCGCGCGGAGCUGAAUAAUUGCGCUAGGUAUAUACAGAUAAUACUAGAUAAUAAUAAUAACAAUAAUGAAACCGUGACCGGGACAAUAAUAAUCGUAACCGUCGUAACGGUGAUGAUAAUAUAAUAAUAAUAGUAAUGACAAUAAUAAUCGUGAUAAGGCGAUCGGAUCAGGCGUGCGAGACGACACGUCCCUUUGUACAUAGUCGGAUAUAUCGUACAUGCGAGGCGGUAUGCAUGAAGUUUUUGCGGCACGCGCGCGACGGGCUUAGGCGAUCUACAUAUCAUACUUCGUCCCCUAAUUACUCGUCGUUCGCGCGCGGCCAAUUUGUAACGUUUCACGUGCUUCCCACACACACACUCACACAUACACACACACUCACACACACACACACACACACACACACACACAGACACGCACGCACCCUCUUCUAUACCGAGUUCCAAAAUCGAAUCCUUGCUUCGUAAAGAGAAGAAGAGAAAAAUCGUUGGAACGCGAACGGGGGGAGGGGGAUAUGGUAGAAGCGAUUUUUGGUGCCUUGGAGCAACCAUGGACUCUCCACGAGACCGUUAGUAAUUUAUUUAGCGGGGUAAGAGCUAUUUAGUUGUAUAUCGUAAGCGAAUUUCCGAACACUCUACAUAUCAGCACAAAAAUUAUUUUUUAAUGUUAUAUAAAAGAAGAAAAAAGAAAAGAAAACGCCGAUGUGUUGAUACCUGUUCAGAGUCGUUUAGUGGCGUUGAACGGCGCCGGGGUGGUAGCGUCGCGGAGAUCGACGGAUCAAUUAUCGAUCUCUCGAUGCCCGUAUGAAUUUUCAAAGAAAUAUUUAUUUUUCGUUUUACUAUAUUUAUACGAACAAUGUCGUCCCACCACCACCCUGCGCGAGGGGCGGAGAUAGUAGCGAUCCUAUAAGAAAAGCUUACCCCCUCUUGCUCCGGCAAAACGAGUUCCUCGAUCAAGCUCUCGGAUCAAUUAUUAUUAUACGAAUCAGAAUUUCCCCCUGAUUUACGAUGACGCGGGUUGUCGUUGCUAAAAAAAGAAAAAAAGAGAACAAUUCCGGAGAUCGUAACGAAAAGAUCUCCGCGCGUUCUCGUUUCCCCGCACCCCUAACCCGGUCACCUCAUCACGAUUGUUAUUAUUAUUGCCAUUAUUAUUAUAUUAUCGUCGCCAUUACGACGGUCACGAUUAUUAUUGUCACGGUCACGAUUUGAUUGUUCUUAUUACUACCGAUUAAUAAACGAUCGCCGGGGAGAUCCUUCGUGAGAAAGAAAAAGGGAACGAUUUUUGUUUUUGAACAAAAAUAUAGCUCAAAACUCGAUGUGUACCCAGUUGCCAUGUAUUUUAAUUUAUUUAGAUUCGUAAAUAAAUUUUAUUAAAUAAACGAUA